AUGCCAAGAGUUGACUCAUGCUCCACGGAAAGGACCCGACGCGGCUGGUAUUUCGUAAAGCUAGUGUUCUGUGUAACUACCGCUUCUGUAGUUCACUUUUCCAACGCUGGAAUAGCCUGUCUCAGUAACCCUUGUGUUUAUGGUGUCUGCAUCGAUGAUCUUAACAGUACAUACUCUUGCUAUUGCAUUGACGGAUAUACAGGUGUGCAUUGUCAAACAAACUGGGACGAGUGUUGGUCUAGCCCAUGCCUAAAUGGUGGCACAUGUAUAGACGGAGUAGCAUCGUACAACUGUAGCUGCCCGGAUGGUUUUUUAGGAUUGCACUGUGAAGAAAAUUUCAACGAAUGCCAAUCAAACCCAUGCCAAAAUGGAGGUUUAUGCCAUGACAAGGAAAACGCGUUCUACUGUAGCUGUGCUCAUGGUUUUGAAGGUGAUUUCUGCGAAAUAGACGUUGCAGUUUGCAAUGCAGGGAACCGUUGCCACAAUGGAGCUAGUUGCAUUGAGGGGCCUGGCUUGGAGUACUCCUGUCGUUGCACCGAAGGGUAUGAAGGGCAGUACUGCGAUUCAGAAAUCAAUGAAUGUGCAUCGGCACCAUGCCAGAAUGGAGCAAUUUGUAUAGAUAAAUUUGCUUCAUACGUCUGUGCUUGCUCUAUGGGAUUUAGCGGAGCGAAUUGUGAAGAAGAAAUUAUGCUCUGUACAGAUUCUCCCUGUGCGAAUCAGGCUUUAUGUCUAAUAGAAGAGGAGUCUCCAACGUGUUACUGCGUGCCAGAUUACCACGGCGAACGAUGUGAGUUACAAUACGACGAAUGCCAGCUGGAAGUAGAACGGUGCGGCAAUGGCGGAACUUGUAUCGACGGAGUAGAUGAGUAUUACUGCACAUGUGCCCCAAAUUUUUCUGGAGAAAGCUGCGAGUGUCUCAUACUGGAAGAAGAAGGAGGCAAAGUAACCAUGGAUUGUAAUUUCACAUUACCGUUUGUUGAAACUACAUCUUCGUCGGCGACAAUCGAAAUGUUUUUUUCUUCAAUGGAAACUACUCCGGGGGAAAAUGAUAUAUACCCAUCAUCCGACAACAUUUCUGUUUCGCCAUCAGUUACACAUGCGGUUGAUUACACUGACUCGCAUUUGCAAACGGCAAAUGAUAAUUCUAUCGUAACACAAAAAAAAACAUAUAAUGGCGAUAUUCUCUCCACAACUCCUGAAACUCCGCACAUAACAACUUUCAUUGACGACAGUGCAACUGGCAGUUUUCCGUAUUACAGUACAACAUCCGGAGAAAUAACCACUUACAUUCCGAAGUCAAAUGUCGACAAACAAAAUCAAAAUAUUUCUACCAUCCCACCAUCCUCGGCUACCAUUGAACAGGAAAUUGAUGGAGACCGCACAACAAUAGGUGUAACAACUACAGACUUUAUAGCAAAACAAACUUCGACUGAUGGCUCACUGGGCUAUACGACUAACAUUCCCUCAGAAAUAACAAUCUCUCCAUAUACGGAUACGCUAGAUACAUCAGAAGGUGUCCCUAAGGAGACUACAACUGUACCCGUCAUAACUUUAUUUUUCACGGAAACUCCAAUUGACAAAAUUCCGAGCUCCCCUUCCUUGCAAGGUGAAGAUCAAGAAACGAAUUACGGAAUUCUUACUACCGGAAUAAGCGUGCAGCAAGAAUCAAGCACACCCGUUGUAUCAACUACGGAUUUUGUGGAAAAUGUCGGUGGAAGUGUAGUAUCAACAGGCACCAUUUUACCGCCGUUAACGACUCGAUCUCCUGAAACUAUAGAAAAGUGUGACUUGGGUGUAUGUAAAAAUGGUGGUAUUUGUACAGCAAGUCCACAUGGCGUUCGCUGUCACUGCACUUUUAAGUAUGUCGGUGCAUUUUGCGACAUACCCAUAAAAAUACUAAAUGCAGCUUUUUCAAAAGAUUCAUUCGUUCGUCAUAUUAUUUACAAAAACAACAAUUCAAUUUACACUGCUCCAUCCAAUGCAGUUGUCUUCGAACAAGCAGCAGCUAUAACAGUGCGAUUUAAUGCAAAGUUUACUUCACACGAGGGGUUGAUCAUGCUGGCAAGUGCUGAGAGUGAAGAAGGAUACCAUUAUGUUGCGUUAUUUUUACGCAAUGGAUUGCUACAAUUCCAGUUUUCCUGUGGCUUGCAAACAAUGCUUCUAAGUGAAAUCGAAGGAAUAGUUAGUAAUGGUUCCGAGUUAAAUAUUAAAGUACAAUUAAACUUUAAUGAACGAUACAGUCAUUGCAACGCUUCAUUGCACGUAAACGACACACUUGCAAUGAGUGGUGAACAACCAACCUGGCUCUCCAAAAGAAUUUUGCAAAACGGACACGCCAAUGCUUUAGCUUCGAUAAGGCAAACUUGGCUACAUUUAGGAGGACGGCCAUUUAAAACAAUGUAUACUCUGAGUCACAAUAUAUCGCGCUAUUAUGGAUUCACCGGAUGUAUUUAUGAUCUUGAAAUUAAUAAUUUACCGGUAGCUGUAUUUGACAAUGCCGAAGACGCAAACAAAAUAUAUGAAUGCAAGUCACUCGCAUGCCUAUCAAGCCCUUGUCGUAAUGGAGCAGUAUGCAUGGAAGAUGAUAAUUACGGUCCCGAAAUACAUCUUGGCAUAGCUCCCCGAGAAAACGUACUAGGAACAUGGAGCUGCAAAUGUCCUUUUGGUUAUAUGGGGCAAACUUGCGAACGAUCUAUCUGCGACAACAAUCCAUGCCAAUUCGGUGGCACAUGCGUACCAUUUCCGGAAACUGGUUAUUUAUGCAUGUGUCCUUACGGUAAGCACGGACAUUUGUGUGAACAUGAUCUGGACAUUCUGCAGCCCUCUUUCUUCGGCAGUAUAAAAGGCAUCAGCUCGUUUGUAGCAUAUCCGAUAGCUUUUCCUCUCGAAGAUCGGUUUGAGUUCAGUUUUAAGAUCAUACCAACAACCAUGUCGCAAAUUGCUCUUCUCGCAUUCAUCGGACAGUCGAACGAUCACCAGGAUCAAAGUGAACAUUUUGCAAUAAGUUUUAUACAAGGUUUCAUUCUCGUAACAUGGAAUUUAGGAAGCGGGCCACGGAGAAUUUUUACCCGGAGACCAAUACAAGUUCAACCCACUCGACCCACAAUGAUACAAGUAGGUCGAAAUGGAAGAACCACUUGGCUUACAGUUGAUGGCAAAAUGAAUAUUACGGGCAAUUCUCCCGGCAGUAGCACUAAGUUAAAUGUAAUGCCACAGUUAUUUAUAGGUGGGCAUGAACGCGUGAACUUUUCCAGUUUACCACACGACCUACCAUUACAUUCAGGAUUUCAAGGAUGUCUAUUUGAUUUCCGGCUUAUAGCAGGACCAUUGAACAUUCCACUGCAGCACAUCGGCGGAAUGCGAGGAAGAAGCGUUGGUCAGUGCGGUACAAAAGAGUGCCAUCGGUAUUCGUGCCAGAAUAAUGGGGCAUGCCUGCAGCACGGAUCUACAUUCACGUGCAUUUGUCAAGAAGAAUGGAAUGGCAUUCUGUGUUCCCAGAAACUCAACCCAUGUGACGUGAGCAUCAACAAGUGUGUCGGAUCAGAUUCAAGUUGUUUUCCGUUGAUUACUGGUUUUGAAUGCGAUUGUCCAUUUGGGAAAACUGGCAAGCGUUGUGAAGUAAAUCUAAAAUACUUAAGUGACGUUUCUUUCUCCGGGAGAAGAUCAUACCUUGCGCUACGAUGGCCAUCAAACCAAAUAUCCAGUGCCUAUUAUCAGGAAAAUGAGGUACACUACGAAAAGAUUGUUCAUCAUUCGCAUGCAAUUCCGCACAAUCACUCUAUACUGCUCAAAUCCAUUCACGAAUUGGACAAAAUUAAUGAUGUACUGAAAGUACUACGUACACCAAAUAUCAGCGAAUCAGACGGAGAUCAUGCCCUUGUAGCGCGCUCAGAAAACUAUCGCCAACUCACAAUGAGACAAAUAUCAAUAGAGCUUCAACUACGUCCACUAACCGAAAAGGGACUUAUUCUAUUCUUGCGAACGUUUGAUUCAAAUGCGCAACAAAAAGGCUUCAUCAGCCUUAGUCUGCAGGGAGGCGUAGUCGAAUAUCGCGUAUCAUCUAGUCGAUUACAGACUUCCGUAGUGCGAAGCAAUCAUGUCAUGGCGAUCGGUGAAUGGCACACAAUUCGGGUGGUAAAAUUUGGCAAACGACUCACUCUGUGGGUGGAGGGAAAAGGUACUUCUAUUGUUGGAUCAGUUCAGGACGAGUAUGUGGAUCCCACUUCUGAGGUCUACCUUGGAGGAAUGCCCGAUCUUUCCAAGCUUCCAUACAAUGCAAUAUCAGGCUAUCCCGUCCCCUUUAGGGGGUGUGUCAGAGGUGUUAUUCUUAAUGGAACUCGGAUGGUCCUAAAUGAGAGCUCGAUCAUCGCGUCUCGAAAUAUUGAGGAUUGCGAUGGAACGCCUUGUGGUGGGGACAUUUGUGCGUAUGGAGGUUUGUGCUGGUUGGAUGAGCAUUUUCAACCUCAUUGCAAAUGUCCAGAGCACUCCAAGGGUACCAUGUGUGACAUUCAGGAAUCUUGUGAGGUUGUACAGUGCCAUAAUAAUGGACAAUGCAUGAAAAAUGGUCUUUGUAGCUGCGGUGUUGGCUGGACCGGACACUAUUGCGAAAUAGCAACGUCGAAAUACUCAUCGAUUGGAUUCAACCAUCGAAGCUACAUCCUAAUACCCUCUCAAAAAUUAAAAAUGAAAGACAAACGAAAUGAUGAAAGCAACAUAGAGGGAGCAAAGCCAUGGUUAGAACUACAAAUUUCCUUCAACAUAUCCACCCUGGAAGACGGUCUCUUAUUGUGGACCACGGAUAUAACAGGAGGCUACAUUGGCAUUGGCAUCCGCGACGGAUUUCUUGUCAUUGUUAGUAAUAUACCCAUGAAAGCGGAAGGCAGCAAGAAAUUAGAUGAUGUUCGGAGAAUAUAUGUGACCGAUGGAGAUUGGCAUAACGUAAUGUUAAUGACGAAUGCUAAUCAAAUUAAUUUCUCUGUCGAUGGCAUCGUACUUUUUUCCGGAUUACUCCAAACCACCAUUUCACCUUAUCUACGGCCCACAUUUGAAACACAGAUAAACUCAAAUGAAAUUACAUAUAUUGGAGGAUUUCCAGAUGAAAACAUAUACAAUCGUACGCAUGGCAACUUUGUCAGAUCAUUCAGCGGAUGCAUUCAGCAUAUCUUCUUGGGUAAACGGAUGGACCAAUUAGAUGCUACUUCGUUCGAAGGAGCGAAUAUAAAAGAGUGUGUGGUUUAA